AUGACAUACCAACAACCAAGUGACGACGACCGGUCGUCAGUUCCAGAGCUAGCGUUUCGAAGUCCGCAAUUGACACCAGCCCAAGUGGAACACUUCCAAGCGCUCGCCGAUGCGACCGUGGCCAAAUUGGUGCGCCACUCAGAGUUACAAGACUCGUCCAUUUCCUGGGUUCGAGCCAAGAGGACAGUCGACGGAGUCCAAAUGUUCAAAGGCACCGACGCCCAAGCUCCGUUGGGCACUCGGACAGAAGCGUGGACGACCGAGUUGUUCGGUUCAGUUGACAACGUAGCUGGUAUGUUCAAGGCGGACGUUGCCGACGCAGACAACUUCCGCGCAUGCCACGCCCCGCAUCAAUUCCAAGCGGUGGACGGUCGACGCCUGUACUGCCUGGACAACACGCCACGUCAGUACAUUGGUGUACACUACGUCGUGACGGAGCUUCCGUGUGUGUUGCCCUUCAAACGGCAAUCGAUUGUCAAGUUUAGGGAUUGGUGCUUCCUCGAGACGCACGCGCACUUCAACUUGGACGACGGCCGACAGGGUUGGGUCCGAGCAUUUGCGUCGGUGGCGCUGUCUUGUUGCCCGGACGUUGGAGUUGCCAUGGACGUCGUUCGCGGGGUCAUCCAUUUCGGCGGGUUUGUAUUUAUCGCCAGCUCAACCCGACCGGAUUACAUUCACGUGACACAAGUGCAGCAACUCGACUUUAACGGCAAACUGCACAACAAUCCCCUCGGCGAUCUGUUGGUCAAACUCGACUUUCAACGACGUGCCAAGGCUAUGGCCCAGCUGGACGGGUUACUACGGGGCUACCGACUUGGCUUAACCCCCCUCCCGCCCGUCCUAGCGGCUACCCCUCGCCACUUCGGCCACACUUGCGCCCACUGCCGCGCCAAGUUUGGACUGCUCGUGCCGAGCGACCUCUGUCGUAAAUGCGGGCUCGUCCUGUGCGUGAAAUGCACCAGAGUGUGGACAUUACGAGACAUAGUAGGCCGGUUGCAGCUACCCCAACGAGCGGAGUACAUCGCAUCCGAAGCCUAA